GCUUCUCCGAGCUCAGAAGCAGUACGCAACGAUGAAGGUAGCACCUGCAGGCAUCCUCCUCGUCCUCGCAUUUGCACUCGUGGUGGUCGAGCCAACCCGUGCUUUCACUUGCAUCCAAGUCGAGACGUGCCUGACUCCGUGCCUCGCGUACCUGACGGGGCAGCAGCCGGCGCCGACGCCGGCGUGUUGCGACGGUGUUCGGAGGCUCAAGAACAUGGGCAUCACCCCCGCCGAGCGCCAGUUCGCAUGCAACUGCGUGAAGCAUGCGGCGGCGCACUUCCCCAACCUGAAAGACGACGCGGUCAGCGACCUGCCGAGGCUGUGCGCCACGCCGCUUCCCUUCCCCAUCAGCUUGGAGUUUGACUGCUCCAAGAUUCCAAACUAGGAGGAAAGCUUUGGGUGGCAAUAAAGGGCAGUGGCAUCGAUCUCUGGCAUUGUGCAGCUGCCUGAGAAUACGAGACUAUAUUAUCAGUAGGGAUAUA